AAGUUUUUUUAAUUCAGCGGGCUUCAAAAAAUCAAUAAACUUAAAAAAUCAGCGGGAAAUAUGCUAAUCGGGAAACGUUUGUCGUCUGCUGCUUUGUUCGAUUUUGCAUUUCUCGGUGCCGGUGCCCCUGUUUAGUGGAGCAUGUUUUUAAAAACAGAAACUAGUUAAAGUAAAGGUAAUAUAAAUGUUGGCAGUCUUGAAAUCAACGAGAUGCCUCUACCAACCGUCUUUCAUAUCAAAUUUUAAAUACCCGAGAAGAUGCUCAACAACAACACACCGAUCAACCAUUUUUGCGUUAUCGUCAGGUUUAAGUAAAAGUGCAAUUGCUGUGAUUCGAGUAUCUGGGCCCAAAAGUCUGGAUGUUAUCCACAGAAUGACGAGGAGAAAAAAGGAUAGUGUUAUUCCACGAAAAGCAUUACUCUGCAGAAUAGUGGAUCCCAAAAAUGAGGAGAUGUUGGACAAUGGACUUGUUCUAUGGUUUCCCCAGCCACACAGUUUUACAGGUGAAGAUUCUGUAGAGCUCCACGUGCACGGUGGUGUUGCUGUGGUUUCAUCUGUAAUUAAUGCUCUCCAUAAACUCCCUGGGUUUCGAUUAGCUGAGGCAGGAGAGUUCACGAAGAGAGCAUACCUAGCAGGAAAACUUGACGCAACAGAAGUGGAAGGGUUGGCAGAUUUGCUACGAGCUGAAACUGAAACUCAGAGGCGUCAAGCCAUCAGGCAGGCCACAGGAGAGCUGGCAGGAUUGUACAAUUUGUGGAGGACUCGAGUCCUCACUUGCAUGGCUCACUUGGAAGCUUUUAUUGACUUUGGAGAAGAUCAAGAUAUAGGAGAGGAAGUACUAGGUGAAUUGAGAAAUUCAGUCCAGUCUUUAAAGGUCGAGGUCGACAGCCAUUUAAACGACAACAGAAGAGGAGAGAGACUACGCAGUGGCGUAAAAGUGGCAAUCAUCGGCGAACCCAAUGCUGGAAAGUCAUCAUUAAUCAACAUACUCGGUCGUAGGAACGUUGCCAUAGUCUCUCCUUACGCCGGGACAACACGGGACGUUUUGGAAAUUUCGCUAGACAUCGGGGGAUUCCCCGUUGUCAUAUGCGACACGGCCGGUUUGAGACAUUCCGUUGAUCCGGUUGAAAACGAGGGACUCAGACGAGCCAGAGAAGCAGCUGCCACUGCCGAUUUGGUGAUUAUUGUCAUGGAUGCUUCCAGAGGACCCGAAAGUUUGUGGCAACAGCCCGUAAAAGACUUGAUCCGCCACGAGUGCGAACGUCUCAACUUAUCAUUCAAUGCUGAAAACAACUACCUCGUGUUAUUAAAUAAACUCGAUCUCGUCUCACCUAACGUAAACCGUCCGCCGGAAUUGUCAGCCAUUUCGUGCAAAACCGAAAGAGGUUUGGGAGAAUUUCUGGUCCACCUGGAGGGCAAACUAGCGGAAUUGUGCGCCAAUCCGUUGCAGGAAUCCCCGCUGAUCACCAGUUCCAGGCAACGCCAUCACGUCCAGUUGGCCUCGGAAUAUUUGAACAAGUUUCUCGAUAUCGUGGAACAUCAAGGCGACCUGGCCCUGGCCGGCGAGUACCUUCGCCGAUCAGCCAAUCAACUGGGCUCCAUCACGGCCCGUGGCAAAAUCGAAACGGAAGAAAUGCUCGACGUACUCUUCCGAUCCUUUUGUAUAGGAAAGUAGCUGCUCUGGCAAAUAAAAUAGAAAUUCGACUCUGGUUGUGACUGCCAUCCGGGCACUAGAUGGCCUUCGUAUCGACUCAAAUUACCACCAGAAUUAUUCCAUUCCAACAUAUCUCCAUGGCUCUUUUCUGGUUGAUGACAUAAAAGUUGACGUUAACCAAAUUUUAAAAAAAAAGAAAGUCAAAUUGAACACGAUCGUGAUUUUACUCAAUUUUCUUUUUCUUUUUUAUUCCCGGUCCCACAGAACAAAGUUGACUGACCCGACAUGUACACUUAUCGAUUUCCCCCCCUGUGUUCAUGGUAUAUACGCUUAUUAAGCUAGCUGCGAUACUCUCUGUGUGUGGCUCACUAUCCGUCAUCCCCCUUUUUAUGGCCACGACCGUCUGUUAUAAUGCAGUCGUCAUCGGGAAAAAGCAGCUCUCGCAAUCUCGUCUUACAACUCACGACGACACACACACAAUAGCGCCGUGAUUGCACUUUGCGAGAUGGAUCGCCAUCAAUGGAUCUGGCCCGUUUUUUCCCAAUCGUGUAACGAUAGCGCUCCGCCAACUCUCAAAAGCUUCGGCGAAAAUUAUACAAUUCCAUCAUUCUGAAAAGGUUUGCGCAUUUCGUCGCAGAUUAUGCGACGAUCCCCCCGUCAGAGCUCGACCAAUGAGGUGCUGCUCUUGAUGUCAAAGAAGUUGAAUGGUGUUCAGCUUUCAGUCGUUAAUGCCAUUUCCAGACGCUCUAUAUAGAUGGCACACUCAGAAGAAGAAGAAGAAGCCCUUUUGGUCUCACGAAAGUUCUGGGUCCCGAUAAAUCGAUAGACCAAAGUCAACUCGUCAAUAAUUACACGAGCUCGACUUACAUAACAUUUUUUUUUUGUGUUUUGGUUUUCCUUUUAUUCUCUCUCCUUCUGAUUUUCCCUUUUUUUUAUUCUGCCAAUCGCUUCAGAUUUGCCCCGGGAGAAAACAAAGCUUUAUCACGCGGGAGUGGUGUAGUAGUACCGAAGCCUGCGUGUGUUUUCCGUCGCUAUACAACGACGCCCACCCUAAAAUCGUCUGUAUUGAGAGCGGCAGACAUCUUUAGCUGCUGCUAGCUGUAUCGAAUCGGCUCCUGCGGUUCGAGUGUAGACAAGGACGAUGACGUCACAGCGCAGGCGCGUGAAUCAUCGAUAUCCACCCGACGUGAUUUUUCUCUUUUUCCAUCUUACGCAGUCAAAAGAGGAUCGCGCAGGAAAUUGCUUUCUAUCCCGUGAUCAGUAUCACAUCAUUUCACCGCUCCGUCGGCCGACCGUCACACGGAAGAGAGACCGAAAAAUGGAAGAUGACGCCAAUGCCGGAGAUGCGUGGGUCUGCCCUAACGACCGCCAAUUAGCCCUGAGAGCCAAAUUACAUUUUGGGUGGUCGUCGGCUAAAUCGAAACGGAUCGAUAGCAACCCAACGACGGCGACCAAUUGCUGGCCGACCCAGCAGCAGCAGUCGACUGGGCGCCCGGCUGGAAGCACUUCAACCAUCGAACCGCUAACUCAAGAGGAACAGCAAAGGGUUUUUCAAGUCAUCCAAAGGGCCGAAGAGGUUAGCGAGAACGAGCAGCUUAGAGUCGGCAAACUUGUUGAUAGGGUACGCAACAUCCAGAAGAACGCGGUCGGCGGAGACGGGGCCAACCAGUGCGUUCUCUGCGGUGAUUACGCCAGCGUGUUCCUCUCCUGGUCUCUGACGUCAGCCCGCCAUGUCACUUGCAAAGAUUGUCUAAAGGCGGUGUGCCAGAAAUGUUCGGUGGACACCUCGGUCAAUCCUCGGGAACCCACUUACCUCUGCAAGUUGUGCUCGGAGCGCCGUGAAACGUGGAAGAAAUCCGGCGCCUGGUUCUACAAAAUCACAUGAGAAGUUCAUGACAGUCUCUCUCUCUCUCUCACACAUAACAACUUUCAAAAUUACAAUAUUCAUAUCAAAAUCACUUGUUGUAACCAUUCCAUACGAUUUGCCUGAAUAUCGCAAUGUCAUUCUAUUCCAUCAAGAAAUUCAUGCAAAACAUUUUUUCCAUUUUUUAAAGAAUAAGAAAAAUAACAUCAAUGUUAGUCUAGUAUUUACAUCCGGGACCCUGGACAAGCGCAUGUGAAAAAUGUAAUGGAUGAUGUGUAUAAUCGUACAAUUAUGCAAGCAAAAUAGAAGAUAUUAUACACGUUU